GUUGGACAGAAAGAGAGAUGGAAAUUCAACAUUUCAGCCAUCACCAUCCUUUGGUCUUCAUCCAAUCUCACAGUGUUGCAAGCAAAGCAGCUCUUUGCCUUGUGUGUGAGAAACCUGUAGAGGGCUGGAGCUAUGGCUGCAAUCAAUGUGAGUUUUAUCUUCACAAGGGAUGUGCUGAGUUAGACUUAGCCCCCAAGAUUCAGAAUCACUUCCACCCUAAACACCCUCUCACUCUUCAGCCAAAAUCACGUUGUUCUUGGAUAGGAAAGUGCAAUUUGUGUGGUAAGAAAUUUGGGGGAUUUGCUUAUCGUUGUAAUGAUUGUAAUUUCCAUCUGGACAUCAAUUGUGCUUUGCUUCAAUCAUCCAUUGCUGCAAAUUUUCCUAAUUCUUUGCACCCCCAUCCUUUACACGUCAUUCAAAAUCAUAACAAGGAAGUCGAGCCUGAUUGCCUGGGGUGUCGGAAACCAAUAUCUGGUCCAUUUUACCACUGUUCAGAUUGCACUUAUCCUACAGUCUUUAACCUUCAUAAGGAAUGUGCUGAACUACCCCUUGAGAUUAAUCACCCCUAUGACCGUAAGCAUCCUCUUACUCUCUUGCCACAACCGCCUACUCAUCCCCAGAAAUGUAGUUGCUCUUUGUGCAGAAUCCAAUGGAAGGGGUUUGUUUAUUCCUGCUCUCUAUGCAACUUUGAUCUUUCACUUGAUGAUUUUCUUUUUUCACCACCAACAAUCACAGUUGCAAGUCAUGAACACCCGUGGAUGCUUGUAUCUAGAAAAAUGUGGUUUGUUUGUGAUUUUUGUGGCACUGACGGAGAUCACUCCCCCUUUGUCUGUGCUACAUGUCACCUCCUUGUCCACAAGAAUUGCAUUUCAUUGCCACGCCACAUCAUGAUAACACGACAUCGUCACACGAUUUCUCUUUCCUAUUCUCUUCGACAAAAUCAAGUUGAGGAUUGGAUGUGCAAAAUUUGUUACGAGGAAGUUGAUAUAAGGUAUGGCAAUUACCGUUGUCCUGCUUCUCGUUGCCGUUAUAUUUCUCAUGUACGUUGUGCAACUGAUAAAGCAAUUUGGGAUGGAACAAUUAUGCCGGAAGGCUAUGACGAGAGGUCCGAGGAAGUGGUGGACGAACCUUGGAAUUUGAUUACUGAUGUUGUUGAACAAAUUCGUAUUGGAGAGCUAAUGGUAGCAAGUGAGAUCAAGCAUUCCUAUCAUGAUCAUAAUUUAAGACUCACUUUUAGUGGGAAGACCAAAGAUGAUGAUUGUCAGUGCGAUGGGUGCACGAGACCUAUAUCAACUCCUUUUUAUCGUUGUGAGCAAUGCAAGUUCUUUCUCCACAAAGAUUGCGCUGAAUUGCCCAAAGAAAUGCCACACCCAUCGCACAUGCAUUUGCUUACUCUCGUGAACUUACAUGGUAAGUUGGGUUUUUCAUGCUGCUGUGCUUGCGGUCGUCCGUGUCAAGGAUUUAGUUAUAUAUGCUACAAAGGAUAUUGCGGCUACCAAAUUGACAUUCAAUGUAUGUUAUUUUCGGACACCUUGAAGCACCCAAGUCAUGAGCAUUCACUCUUUCUUUUCCACAACAAAGAGGGAACGAGUUGCAGUGCUUGUUUCAGAAAACUAUACUACUCAUUUGCAUAUAGAUGCAUGAAGCGCUGUGAUUUCAGUUUAGAUGUAGGUUGUGCAACACUACCACUCACUGCUUGGUACAAGUAUGACAGGCAUGCUCUUACUUUGACUUUUUCUGAUGAUUCUGAGCCUUCUCAACUUUUCUGCGAUAUCUGCGAAAAAAAAAGAAAGCCAAAUCGUUGGUUUUACUACUGUGCUAAUUGUGAUAACUCUCUUCAUCUCAAUUGUGCUAUUGGGGAUCUCCCAUAUAUGAAGCUUGGGAACAAAAUCGAAGGUAUAAGGCAUCGACAUCCAUUCAAUGUUGUGAAAAACAUCUGGAAUUGCCCUCCAUGUAAGGGAUGUGGUGAGGUUUGCAAUGGGCAGGCCCUAGAAUGUAAAGAAUCUGAAUGCAAUUUUACCGUCCAUUGGAAUUGCCUUUUGGAUCUCCGGGAAUGAUAUACCACUCAAGUUGAAGAAACAGAGAAGGCGCAACAUCACAGGCGUGUGGUGUUGUGUGGAAGGGUGUAGGAGAUUUGGUAAAAAUGGGUGAUGGCCUUAGUUGUUGUAAUCUGCAUUAUGUGAUGUUAAUGGUUGUGUUAGAUAAAACAUGUGAUUUGUAACCACACAUCUUUAUCUUUCACGUUUGUAUUUGCUUCUUAUAAAAAAUUAGUGGUGAGAAGGAAGAAAUGGUUUUUAGGUGGUGAUAAUAAAAUAUUUUUAAUAUGAAAAUACGAAAAUAAUGUUGAGUUUGGAAAUUUAAAUACAAAAUCAUU